GGCCCGGGCUCUGCCGCCGCUGCCUCCUCCUGCUCCGCGCGGAGCCUCUUACAGCUGAUCACCAGCGCCUCCGCCGGGUCCGCUCCGCGCUUCCUCUUCACACGCAGCACGGAGGCCUCCAUGGCAACGCGCAAUGCCGAGCGGCGCGGGGGGAUGACGUCACGCAAGGAAGCGGGCGGGGCUGGGAGGCAGGCGUGGCCAUCUUGUGUGUGGCAGAGAAAUGUCGGGACAUGUGCUUUGCGCAGCGGUGCAUGAUGGGAAGAUGUCAGCCUCCACCCUGUCGGCAUUGUGAGACCGGACUGAAGACUGCCCAGCGUGCCGAGAUAUCGGUAAUAACGUGUUACACGGCCUGCUGUACGGUGUGUGGCAAUACAGACCCACCCCAUUCUACCCAGUGACAGUCACCCCCCCAUUCUACCCAGUGACAGUCACCCCCCCAUUCUACCCAGUGACAGUCACCCCCCCAUUCUACCCAGUGACAGUCACCCCAUUCUACCCAGUGACAAUCAUCACCCCAUUCUACCCAGUGACAAUCAUCCCCCCAUUCUACCCAGUGACAAUCAUCACCCCAUUCUACCCAGUGACAAUCAUCACCCCAUUCUACCCAGUGACAAUCACCACCCCAUUCUACCAGUGACCCCAUACCCAGUGACAAUCAUCACCCCAUUCUACCCAGUGACAGUCACCCCCAUUCUACAGUGACAAUCAUCACCCCAUUCUACCCAGUGACAAUCCACACCCCAUUCUACCCAGUGACAGCCCCCCAUUCUACCCAGUGACCACCCCCAUUUCACCCAGUGACAGUCAGUGACAACAUUCUACCCAGUGACAAUCAUCACCCCAUUCUACCCAGUGACAAUCACCACCCCAUUCUACCCAGUGACAAUCAUCACCCCAUUCUACCCAGUGACAAUCAUCUCCCCAUUCUACCCAGUGACAAUCAUCUCCCCAUUCUACCCAGUGACAAUCAUCACCCCAUUCUACCCAGUGACAGUCACCCCCCCAUUCUACCCAGUGACAAUCAUCACCCUAUUCUACCCAGUGACCAUCACCCCAUUCUACCCAGUGCCAAUCUCCCCAUUCUACCCAGUGACAAUCAUCACCCCAUUCUACCCAGUGACAAUCAUCUCCCCAUUCUACCCAGUGACAGUCACCCCCCCAUUCUACCCAGUGACAAUCAUCACCCCAUUUUACCCAGUGACAAUCAUCUCCCCAUUCUACCCAGUGCCAAUCAUCACCCCAUUCUACCCAGUGACAAUCAUCACCCCAUUCUACCCAGUGCCAAUCAUCACCCCAUUCUACCCAGUGACAAUCUCCCCAUUCUACCCAGUGACAAUCAUCUCCCCAUUCUACCCAGUGACAAUCAUCUCCCCAUUCUCCCCAGUGACAAUCAUCUCCCCAUUCUACCCAGUGACAAUCACCACCCCAUUCUACCCAGUGACAAUCAUCACCCCAUUCUACCCAGUGACAAUCACCACCCCAUUCUACCCAGUGACAAUCAUCACCCCAUUCUACCCAGUGACAAUCAUCACCCCAUUCUACCCAGUGACAAUCACCACCCCAUUCUACCCAGUGACAAUCAUCACCCCAUUCUACCCAGUGACAAUCAUCUCCCCAUUCUACCCAGUGACAAUCAUCUCCCCAUUCUACCCAGUGACAAUCAUCACCCCAUUCUACCCAGUGACAAUCAUCUCCCCAUUCUACCCAGUGACCAUCAAUCAUCACCCCAUUCUACCCAGUGACAAUCAUCUCCCCAUUCUACCCAGUGACAAUCACCCCAUUCUACCCAGUGACCAUCACCACCCCAUUCUACCCAGUGACCAUCAUCACCCCAUUCUACCCAGUGACCAUCACCACCCCAUUCUACCCAGUGACAAUCACCCCAUUCUACCCAGUGACAAUCACCCCAUUCUACCCAGUGACAAUCACCACCCCAUUCUACCCAGUGACAAUCAUCACCCCAUUCUACCCAGUGAUAAUCAUCUCCCCAUUCUACCCAGUGACAAUCAUCACCCCAUUCUACCCAGUGACAAUCACCACCCCAUUCUACCCAGUGACAAUCACCCCAUUUUACCUUAAUAAUGUCACACCUUUAAUAUUAAUACAUCUAUACACACAGCUAUACACACGGACAGUCAUACACCUAUAUACACAGCCAUACACAGACAGACAGCCAUACACACAGCUAUACACACAGACAGCCAUACACACAGCUAUACACACACACAGCCAUACACAGACAGACAGACAGACAGCCAUACACACAGCUGUACACACACACACAGCCAUACACAGACAGACAGACAGCCAUACACACAGCUGUACACACACACAGCCAUACACAGACAGACAGACAGCCAUACACACAGCUAUACACACACACAGCCAUACACAGACAGACAGACAGCCAUACACACAGCUAUACACACACACAGCUAUACACAGCCAUACACCUAUACAGACAGACAGACAGACAGCCAUACACACACCUUUACACACACACAGCUAUACACCUAUACACACAGCCAUACACACAGCUAUACACACAGACAGCCAUACACCUAUACACACACACAGCCAUACACACACACAGCCAUACACCUAUACACACACACAGCCACACAGCCAUACACCUAUACACACAGCCAUACUCAGACAGACAGCCAUACACACAGCUAUACACACACACAGCCAUACACCUAUACACACAGCCUUACACAGACAGCUAUACACACAACAAUACACAGACAGACAGCUAUACACACAGCAAUACACAGACAGACAGCCAUACACACAGCUAUACACACAGACAGCCAUACACCUAUACACACACAGACAGCCAUACACCUAUACACACACAGACAGCCAUACAACUAUACACACACAGACAGCCAUACACCUAUACACACACAGACAGCCAUACACCUAUACACACACAGACAGCCAUACACCUAUACACACACACACAGCCAUACACCUAUACACACACACACAGCCAUACACCUAUACACACAGCCAUACACCUAUACACACAGCCAUACACCUACACACAUACACCUACACACACAGCCAUACACCUACACACAGCCAUACACCUACACACACAGCCAUACACCUACACACAUACACAGCCAUACACCUAUACACACACAGCCAUACACCUAUACACACACAGCCAUACACCUACACACACAUACACCUACACACAGCCAUACACCUACACACACACACACACACAAUAUACACCUACACACACACACAGCCAUACACCUAUACACACACAGCCAUACACACAUACACAGCCAUACACCUACACACAUACACAGCCAUACACCUACACACAUACACAGCCAUACACCUACACACAUACACCUACACACAUACACCUACACACAUACACAUACACAGCCAUACACCUACACAGCCAUACACCUACACAGCCAUACACCUACACAGCCAUACACCUACACACCCAUACACCUACACACACACACAGCCAUACACCUACACACACACACAGCCAUACACCUACACACACACACAGCCAUACACCUACACACACACCCAUACACCUUUACACACUGCCAUACACCUAUACACACACAGCCAUACACCUAUACACACACAGCCAUACACCUAUACACACACAGCCAUACACCUAUACACACACAGCCAUACACACACCUAUACACACACACACAGCCAUACACCUAUACACACACACAGCCCUACACACACCUAUACACACACACACAGCCAUACAUACACACACAGCCAUACACCUAUACACACACACAGCCAUACACCUAUACACACACACAGCCAUACACACACAUACAGCCAUACACACACACAGCCAUACACCCAUACGCACACACACAGCCAUACACCUAUACACACAGCCAUACACCUAUACACACAGCUAUACACCUAUACACACAGCCCUAUACACACACACAGCCAUACACCUAUACACACACAGCCAUACACCUAUACACACACACAGCCAGCCAUACACCUAUACACACACAGCCAGCCAUACACCUAUACACACAGCCAGCCAUACACCUAUACACACAGCCAGCCAUACACACAGACUGGGUUGGUUUCUUACUUAGUGGGGCUGCUGGGCAGGCAGGUAGGGGGGUGGACAGGCCGUGAGGGAGCUCGGAGUGUAAGCUCUCCCUGCCCAGGUCCCUCGAGCGCCGCAGUGAUGCCGGGAGCUGGAGUGACGCCAUAUUUCGGCUCCCGAAUCACUGCGGGGAGCUGUGUGCUCCAUCACCGCCCGCAUAAAUAUUAGUUGUGGGCCUCAUGCAGCCCAUGGGCCGUGAGUUUGACAUGGCUGGUGUAACCAAUCAGGGCAGCUCAUGCAUACAUACAUACAUGUUUUGCUAGUGGCUGGUAAGCAACAUUUUUGUGAGGUAAAACGUUAUUUUAAAAAAGCUAGUGUCAGAGUGGUCUCUGUUUGAGAGAAUAGAAACAUAGAAUGUGACGGCAGAUAAGAACCAUUUGGCCCAUCUAGUCUGCCCAAUUUUCUAAAUACUUUCAUUAGUCCCUGGCCUUAUCUUAUAGUUAGGAUAGCCUUAUGCCUAUCCCACGCAUGCUAAAACUCCUUUACUGUGUUAACCUCUACCACUUCAACUGGAAGGCUAUUCCAUGCAUCCACUACCCUCUCAGUAAAGUAAUACUUCCUGAUAUUAUUUUUAAACCUUUGUCCCUCUAAUUUAAGACUAUGUCCUCUAAAUGUUUCUAUCAUAUUCCCCCCUGUCUCGUCUUUCCUCCAAGCUAUACAUGUUAAGAUACAGUAGUACAGACUGACCUGCUAUCGCCUGCACACUGAUAGGGAGUUUCAUAUACAUUACAGAGGUAGCUUUACUUUUUUUUUUUUUUUCUUCUUUUUUUAUUUUACUUCUUUCAUGAAGUCCUGCAGCACAGCACUGAUUUAUGGGAUGAAACAGAACUUCCUGUGGAAUAAAGUGCCGUUCUGGGAAUAAGCUGAGCCAUAAGAUUUUCCUUUGUAAGUACUAUUCAUUCUAUUUGCAAAUGCAGUGAUCAGCCACAACAUUAAAACCACUAACAAGUGUAACCAUUCUAUCGUUACAAUGGCACCUGUCAAGGGGUUGUAAAUACUAGGCAGCAAGUGAACAGUCAGUUCUUAAAUUUCAUGUAUUAAUAGCAGGAAAAAUAGGCAAGUGUAAUGAUCUGAAUGACUUUGACAAGGGCCAAUUAGUGAUAGCUAGACGACUCAUCCCAGUCCCCCUUCUAUUGAACCCUUGCCCCUGUGUAAACAAAAAACAACAAACAAGUAGUGUCCGGAGUCCGGCCCUGGCAUACCCCCAAUGGCCCCAUCCGCACCUUAAAAAAGCAGAUUCUCCUGUUACUCCUUGAAACCCUCAGACACACUCACUGAGACACACUCACUGAGACACACUCACUGAGACACACUCACUGAGACACACUCACACACAGAAUCACUCCGACAUACACUGACACACACACACACAGACAGCCAAACACACAUGCAGACAGCCAUACACACAGCCAGCUAUACACCCACGCUCAUGGAGACGCUGAAUUUUCCUCAUAGAGAUGCAUUGAUUCAAUGUAUUUCUAUGAGGAGGUCCUGAUUGGCCAAAAUGGGAUUUGGCCCUGCACUGUGAUGAUUUCAGCCAAUCCAAUGCUUUCCCUAUGGAAAAGAAUUGGAAUCGGCCAUUUUGAUGUCACAAAGGGGGCGGACCCGCGGUGCUAGAAUAAGGUGAGAUUUAAACUUUUAGAGGGGGGGGGGUAAGCCACCUAAAUGAUGGGUUAAACACAAUAGGGUCAGGAAUACAUGUUUGCGUUCCUGACCCUAUAGUGUUCCUUUAAGGUGUUGCCUUGGUUUCCAAAUUCCCCACAUCUCAAUCCGAUUGAACAUAUGUUGUAUUUGCUGGAACAACAAAUCUGAUCCAUGAAAGCCCCACCUGGCAACGUGGGAGAUCUUGAAGGAUCUGUAGAUACCACAGGACGUGUUCAGGUCUUGUGUCCAUGGCUCGACUCAUUAGAACUGUUUUGGCAGCGUGAGGGGACCUGCACGAUAUUAGACAGGUGAUAUUAAUGUUGUGGCUGAUCAGUGUAUAACAUUUAGCAUGCAGCAUUAGCUGCCUGUGUUAAUCACUCUUCUGUUCUGUCCUUUGUGAAUGGUACAUACUUCUGCGUGGUACAUCUCCUAGUUCUAUGGAUUUUGCUCUUUUUUUUUUUCUUCUGGAGGCAUGGGCCUGCAUCUAAAUCUUUCAAUAUUUGUUAUUUCCACAGGUUACCACUGAGGUAUAUAUUUAUUGACAUGAAGGUUUUUUGUAGUCGAGUAAACCCCACCACUGGGGCUGUUGAUUGGGUGGAAGAAGAUGAACAUUAUGACUACCAUCAGGAGAUUGCCAGGUUAGUGCUGGCUGGGAACUAUAUCUUAGAACGUGGCUAAGCAUCAUGUGUAUUAUACUGAAUGACUUCCUUCUGCAUGAAUUUAAUUUAUUUUGGGAACCUAUUGCCCGCGUGCAUGUGCACGUGCACAUUCGGUCUUCUCCAUAGGAAAACAUUGACUUAAUGGGCUUUAAGAAGACACUGGGCGUCCUCAUGCAAAGGCCAGGAAGUGCCUUCAGUGGCUGGCUGGUUGACAACCACAAUAGGAUAUUUCCACCCUGCAAUGUUUGCAGCUGCAGGACUAAGAGGACAGGGACAGUGCACCCAGGCCACUUCAAGGAGUGUCCUUUUAAUGAAGCGGUUUUAGUGUAUAGAACAUGCCCCUGCAGUCUCACUGCUCUAUACUCCGCCAUUUAGGAGUUAAAUAACUUUUGCUUCUGUUUAUGCAGCCCUGACCACACCUCCUCUGGCUGUGACUGACCACAGCCUGCAUGAAACAAAUUGGUUUAAUUUUCAUUUAGAUGUGACAUCGCAGUGUGUUUACUUCAGAAGUUUUUAUUUCCUACUCUGUUAAUUAAACUUUAAUCAUACACAAGAGGCUCCUGCAGGAUCUAGCAAGCUAUUAACAGAGCAGGAGAUUAGAAAUUCUAAAUUAAACAGACUGUGCAAUAAAGGAAGUAUAAACAUUAAAUCUCAUUUUGGGAGGCUGUGUAAGUCACAGCCAGGGGAAGUGUGACUAGGAUUGCAUAAGCAAAGUGUUUUGAUUCCUAAAUGGAAGAGAACUGAGCAGUGAGUCAACAGAAGCAUUAUCUAUAUACCCAAACCACCUUAUUGUUCAUAAAAAGUUUAUUUUUAUUUUUUAAUUUUUUUUGGUGCUUAUGUUAUCCUUUUAAUCUUACUUCUCAUCUUAUACCUGCUCUUGUAGAAUGCGUCUGAACAGUUUUUAUAUUUUUUAUUAAGGAAAUGUUUUUGUUUGUUUUUUAGAUCAUCAUAUGCUGACAUGCUACAUGAUAAAGACCGGGUACGUGUAAACGAACUGAUUUUUUUAUUAUUAUUUUUUUUUUAAAUAAACUUCUAGAAAUUUGUGUUAAUACCACCCAGUGUGGAGAACACACACAUUAUAGCAUGCUUCCUUUUUGUAAUCUAUAUGGGCUCUUCAUAUCUACAUACUAUCUACAUUCUGCUAAGGUUGCUCUCUUCUCCAACAGAACCAGAAAUACUAUCAGGGGAUCCGUUUAGCAGUACAGAGAGUAAAGGAACGAGGUGAAGAAGCCAUUGUUCUAGAUAUUGGAACAGGCACUGGUCUUCUAUCAAUGAUGGCUUUAACAGCCGGCGCAGAUUUCUGCUAUGCCAUUGAGGUGAGAAAAGCCUUCCUGGUCAGAUGCUUAGACUUACCAUUCUGUUCCUGAAGUGGAAAAAUAAAAUUUGACGCACAAGAUCAAAAGGAUUUUUGUCAUGGUGCCUGGGAUUUGUUGGCCCAUUUAGACCCUGAGGUGGUCAGCUGUCUAUAAGUGCAGGCGGCCGGCCGACUCAUAAAGAGCAUGGGCCUACAUGCGGUUGGUCGGUCAGCUCAGGUAGAGCAUGGGCAUUCAGUCUGUCGGCCUGCUGAGGGAGAGCAUUGCUGUGCGUGCGGGGGCGACCAGCCUGCCAGCCAGCUGAGGGAGAUGGUGGGUGGGCGUGCACACGGAUGGGAGGAUCCUGGAAGAUUGAGCUGUAACCUGCCUGCUCUGCUCCCUUGUACGCAUCGGCCUCCCUGCUCUGCUCCCUUGCAUGCAUUGAACAUCGGCCCCGGCAUCACUAAACAGCGUUAUAGAAGCUGAGCUGAGUGUGUGUGUCUGUUAGUGAGUGCAUGCGUUUGUCAGUGAGUGAGUGUGUUUAGGUGACCGGUUCCCCUCCAUUCACAAAGGAAAGGGAUUUUUACUCUCCUUUUUCCCCCACGCUGUGCUGGUCUCGCAUCAGUCUUGAUUAUCUCAGGCAAGCCAAUGCUUUCAAUAGGAAAUCAGCAUCUCCUCAAAGAGAUGAAUUGAAUCAAUGCAUUUCUAUGGGGAACGUUUAGAGCCUCCAUGCACAGCAUGGAGACGCUUAACGUAGGUGCUGCGCACUGUACAGCACUGACCCAGGAUGCACUCUAGGUGCCGUCUGAGUUGACUGUCACUAGAAGUGUUACUAAGCAACAAUGUAAAUACUGCCUUUCUGAAAAGGCGUGGUUUACAUUAGAAAGUGUGCAGGGACAGGUUAUAAAUACAAGCACAACUACAUUAAGCUGUAGUGGUUCUGGUGACUAUAGCGUCCCUUUAAGAAUUGUAUAUUUUACAUUAAAAGGCCGGCUCCUAGAUUCCAAGCAAAUUUGUCACGCCCUGUUUUAACCCUUUCACCCCCAGAACCAAGUUGUGUGCACACUUGGAGUAGGGUGCGUUUGUGACCAUGAGUUACUAAUUUUUCCAAAGGGGGGGCGUUAAUGGGCCUGACUCUAAAAAAUUAACACUCUAUCAUAAUAAAUAAAUAUAUUUAUUUAUACCUUUUAGUGUUCUUUUAAUGGAGCAUUAUUUUUUUUAUUUGUUAGGUUUUCAGUUGCAUCACAGAUUAAUGAUUCUAAGCCAUGGGUGUUUAAAAGGUAGAUCUUCAGAUGUUGUACAACUACAACUCCCUUGAUGCUUUGCAUACCUUUUGAAUGAGAAAGAAUCAUGGAAGCUGUAGUUUUAAAACAUCUGGAGACCUACCUUUUGGGCACCCCUGUGCUAGGCCAAUGGUAGACAAGCUUUGACUGUAAGAGGAUUAUAGGAAAUGUAGUCCACAACAUCUAGAAGUCCAAACAUUGUCUACCCCUGUUCUAUGCAGUCAAGGGCAUUGAUGGUGCUAAAGGUGGCAGAUGCAUCCUGUCUAAAGUAGUUUAAAACAACGUAUAACUGGUAUAGAGCCCUUUUUCAUUCAUAAACUGAAAGCUGGUUAUAAAAUCCAGUCCUUGGUACAUCAACAGUCCUUGUUAUCCAAGGGGACAAUUUGCUAAUGUUUUGUUACUGUUUGCACCUAACAUUUGUGACCUUUGCAGGUUCCUCAGCCUUUCUGUAUUUCCUUACUAGGUUUUCAAGCCAAUGGCAGAGGCUGCAGUAAGGAUUGUUCAGACCAAUGGCUUCAGGGACAAGAUAAAAGUCAUCAAUAAGCAUUCUACCGAGGUGACCGUGGGGCCAGGUGAGAAUAAUAGGAAGAGUUCAUGCAGGAAAUGUGAGCUUUAUGGUGACACUUUUAAGAUUCUGCGUUUGGUCUUCUCAAGCAGGAGACAUUGGAUAAUGAUGUAUGCAUUCAUUCAUUGGCUCACUGCAUCCACUGAGAGCUCUCACACAAUAAAUGCUUUAAGUGAGUUCCUAUGUCAAACACAAUUUACACAUAGCUUCUACAGUUCGAGAAGGCUGGAAGUGGGACGGGAGCCCAACCAGACUCGGUAAAACUGUCCGAUUGUGCUAAAUCGUUUUGACAAAUUGUGCUGUGAAGGCUCCAGGACACUUCUGGCACCAUAACCACUACAUCUUGGUGUAAUCUUUAUAAUGCUUGGAGUGUCCUUUUAAAUCAACCUUGUAUCAGCCCUAUGGAAUGAUCCUGUAUUAUUACCUGUAUAUUAAUUUAGCCUAAACUAUAAGAUUGUAGGAAUGAAUACUAUAUUGCUUCAACUGUGUAUGAAUGAAUACUAUAUUGAUUUUAUUUCUCAUGGUUGAAAUGUGACUCUCAUUAUACUCCUCAAGCUAAAGUCUUUAAAGCUGUUACAGCCAGGCAUCCUAAGGUCUGGUUAUAUGCCUCCUAUCAUUAUUAUAUCUGUUUUACCUUUGAUACGAAACUGACGUACACUUUGUGUGCUGGAUUCAAUAGUAUUCUGACAUUUAGAUAGAUGUUCCCAGAUCAACAAAGUAUGUAUCGUAGCUAGUAAAUUGCAUGGUUCUCUAUGGUUUGUAUCUUGCAGAUGGAGACAUGAAACACAAAGCCAACAUCCUCAUCACUGAGCUGUUUGAUACAGAGCUUAUUGGAGAAGGAGCUUUGCCAAGCUACGAACAUGCGCAGCAUAAUCUCAUGCAGGUAUGUGGAAAGGUCGCUAUCACUCUCAACUCCCAGCUGUUAUGUGGUUCUCUUAGCUACUCAUUUAAAUGAGCCUUGACCAAUGCUUGUCUUUGUUUAUUUUGCCUGUAAACAAAGACAGAGCAGCACUGAGUAAAGACCAAACUCAAGGUGGCAUAAUGCAGUCAGCAUUUCGACUAGCAUCUGAACUGGAACCACAAUUCAAAUCAUGGGGACUGGAUUGGAUGGGACGGAAUUAGAACAUUAUUUAAUGUCUGCUUUAAGUUUUGAUACAGGCAAAUUGGUUCUAGUGGGAUUGUGGUUGGACAGAGAGUGCAUGUAGUAUAAUUGAAAAUCCAAAGAAGUAGGCAAUCCGUAAAUGGACAUACAGGGCAGGUUGAGGUAGUCACUAUGAGAUCUAUAGAUAAGAGCACGAGUGAGGAGUACAGCGAACAUUUUGGACACCUCAAACAGUAGAGAAUACCUUUCGUCCACCAGGAGGCUGGUGGAUGAAGGGCAAGAAAAGAACAAACAAAAUGUAAAAAAGGCCACAGAUUCGGCGAAAGGGUAGGGCACUUACUGAAUAUUUUUUAUUUUUGUAAUUCUUUAUUUAUUCGUGCAUGCAGGGUACAAAUAGGCCAGCAAUGCCCCAACAGCUGUUGCUAGCUUUACAUUCUCUUGUGGGUAUGUGAAGAGUGUGAGUCAGUUUGGUGGUAUCCACUACGGGGUCUUACCUCCUUCCCCUCGACUAUGUGUGUAGUGUAUUAGAGUUGGUCGUUGGUGUUGGUUCCCGGGAAGGAGGGGGGGUAUGGAGUGGUGAGCGAGAGUGAUUCCUGGGUUAUGCGGUAUGUUUGGCAGCCCUUACUAAGUGCUAGUACUUCCUCUCUUCGUAUAUUUAUAGUGCUCAUUAUGAAUCUGCUUGGGUGGUUGCAUACUGGGUUAUUAGGCUGUGUAGGUUAAUUAGGGUUGCUCAACAAGCAGAGCGAAGGUAGUAGAAAAUAAAGGAACGUAAUAAGAGCAUAUAAGUAUUUAAAGAAAAAGAAAACUUUUCCAACUGUGUAUACCAUCAUCACUCCACACCAUGUCUACUAAAGUCCCCUUGGGCGGUUCAACCUCCGCUCCCUCAGGUGGGUGGUCUGUUAGGUGAGACUCGUUGUUUGCCUCUCGGGGUAAAUUCCGGAAUGGUAGCCGGGUUUAGCCUGGACAGUCCUGUUCCCGUUGGCGGUAAGGCUCGCCAGAUGCCUGUUGAUUGGAGGUGCACUUCCAGCUCCUGGUAACUCUGUGCUCUGUGGGUAGUCCCAUUGUGAGUAAAUAUGACAACUCGUGGUGUUCCCCAUUUGUAGGGAAUUUCUUUGGCACAUAGGUGUUGCAGGAGGGGUUGUAGUGAUUUCUGCCAUGUGAGGGUGCUCCUGGUGAGGUAUGGGAAGACUGUGAUGGAGGAGCCCUCGAAUGGUAUAGGAGUUUUCUCUUGCAGUGCCGCCAGGAGUGAGGCUUUGUCUGAGAGGGUUUGAAAUCUGAGGACGAUGUUGGCUGUUGCUGAUGCUGGUGCUCUAGAUGGCUUCGGUAGCCGGAACAUACCAUUUAGCCUCAGGGAUUUCACCUGCUUUGGUGGGAGCAAGCCUCCGAUAAAGCACUGUAUGUAGUGGGGUAGGUCGGAGAUGUUGACUGAGUCCGGGAUCCCCAGCCUGUCUGAUGUCGUUAGUUGUUGCUGUGCCAGGUCUGCUACCUGCUGUUCCACCUUGCUGCUUCUGGUAUCGUAGUUGCUCGAGCAGGCCUCCAGUUGUGAGAUUUUUGUCGCGGCCCCUUCAAUGGCCUCUUUAUAGCAGGCCAUGUCAGUCGCUAGGUCUUUGCGGAGAUCCGCCAGCAUCAUUUUAAUUUGGUCUGCAGUGAAUGGGUCCCCGGCUUUCUGCGUUGCCGUCUGGUGUGGGCUCAAAAGGUGUUCCAUUUAGGAGGUCCGAAGCAAACUCCUUCGAGGAGUAGGAGGUGAGGUCGUCGGCCAGCGACAUCUUGGACCACGCGGCCUGUUGCGAGUUCCGCAGCAUGUCUCCGAUAUCUCUCCCUUGGGAGCUUCUGUCUGCUUUUACUUUUUUCGUUUUGCGGCCCAUGGUGGGUCUGCCAGCUGUUGUAAGGUUUGUGGGGUGUUUGUGCCCCGGAAUCCCCCAUAGAAAGCCUUGUUAAGGUUAGUAUUUGCCGGAGCUCCGAGAUAUGCGACCGCUCUGUUGCCUUGCUGACUCUGCCCCCCACUUACUGAAUAUUUAUAUGUAAAAAUAUUUUCCGCAUAUAUCUGUCAGUUCCUGUCCCUUCAUAUUGAUGGCUACUGUGAAGAAAAAAACUAAAACUUAUCCUGCACUUUGCCUCCUGCCAAAUCCUAACAAAAUAUUCUUUAAUUCUUAAUUCUUUAAUGUAAAACAUUGACUGCAUCAUAUGAGGUGUUGUUAAUUUACGUACUGCUUCACUGAGAGAAACUCCUAAUUUUACAAUUUACAUUUCAACAAUGUGAGCCCUAAUGUAGUUGUCGUCUUUUGUGUGUGCGUGUGACUUUCCAAGUGUAUUGAAUAGAGCAGUGAUGGGAGUCUCUCCUGUACUAAGUGCAGUAGACUAUUCUUCUCCCAUGUUGCUCUACCUGCUAUGCAGAUUAAGGACAGAAGCUGUCUACCUUUGUAUAGAUGAUAUUCUGGAUCUUGUGCUAAUAUAUAUUUACUUUUACACACAGGAUCACUGGGAGGCUGUCCCUCAUAGGGCCACAGUUUAUGCUCAGCUUGUGGAAUCUCGGAGGCUGUGGAGCUGGAACAAGCUAUUCCCCCUAAAGUUGGAUUCUAUGGAGAUCCGCCCCCCACCGGAGAUGGAGAACUGCCCAGGAGCCCCCUCUGUGUGUGACGUACAACUCAGCCAGCUGAGCCUCAAUGACUUCACCAAACUUACUGACAGUCUUCGCGUCUUCUGGUAAAAAUGACUUCUUAAUGAUUAACACAGAUAUAGAGAAUAACCAAAUGUUAUAGUACAUUAUUAUUAUAAAUACUAAUUAUGCACAUGCCUAUUCAACCUUUAAACCCUGUCCCUGGCUAAUCCUUUAAAUAACCCAGUGCCUGCCCCAUGCAUGUUUACAACUGACAGGCUUAUAUUUUAAACCACUCACCUUUGACAUCCUCAACAGCAAUACACCAGUGGUGAGACGUAUGUAUUAUUUAUUACCGGCUUGUUUAAUUAUCUCUUGUGCCCAGUAAAGUGAUUAUUUUCUACAUAUGAUGCAUAGGCAAGUCAUACAUUUGGGAUUAAACAUGACUUUUAUGUGCUUGCUGUUGUGAGAUACAUAAAAAGUAAAUUUACAUAAAUUAUACAUGGGUGUUUUCUAUUUAAUUUGUAGAAGAUCUUGAUGCACUGUUCUGUCACCUCUUACAUCAGCAUCCAUUUUUCUCCCCAUGCAGGGUAGAUUUUAGUCAGCAGGUCAGUAGCUCUACAGUGUCUCACCCUGUACAUUUCGCACCCAUCGCCGAUGGCACUGCCCAGGUUGUCCUCUCGUGGUGGGACAUUGACAUGGACCCAGAAGGAACAAUAACCUGCACUAUGAAACCCAGUUGGACAUAUCCUGCUACACAACCCGCGCCUGUAAGUUCAGCACACGUUUUAUUUAAAAUAACUAUACAACUUAUUUCGAUGUUCGGGCUUAGAAAAUAAGUUAGAAAAUAAAUACACUUACUCAUCUUACUAUGGCCGCAACACCUACACCGGCUGAGAUCAACAUUACUGAUGAUCACAGCCAGUCCAAUACUUCCCCCAAAGGGAAGCAGUGGGGGCCUAGUGGGCCUGCACAGCAAUGACAGCGGGAUACCAAUCAUUGUCUCCGCCUAUAGAUGAGGAGUUUUCUGCGUCUCCAUGUUAAGCAUAUGAACCAAUCACCAUAUCCAAGUACAAUUUUUGUGUGUGUGUGUAUAGCUCUGUGGAUGAACCUCUUCUUUGACUCCUAGCAAGUCACGGUAGUUCCAAAGUAUGACCGUGCCAUUUCAAUGUAAUUUGCAUUUCCGAUAAUUAUUUUUAGGUUCUCACCCUUUACAUUUAAUGUAUUUGCUGUAAAUCCCUUGACUGCUUAGACCAGGAAGUUGCUCCACCAAUCACGAUAGCAUUAAAACUGCGCCAAGUGUCUCCCAUAGUUUUUAAAGGAAAACUCUAAGCACCAAAACAGCGAACAACAACUUUUGAUGAUAAAGUGGUUUUACUGUACAGAUCGUGCCUUGGCAGUCUCACUGUUUAAUUCUCUGACGUUUUUAGUUAUUACUUUGUUUAUGCAGCACUGGCCACACCUCCCCUGCUUGAGACUCGCACAGCCUCCCUACACUCUAUCUGAAAAAGAAGUCUACUUUUUCUAACUUACCUUGUUGUACAGUGUGUUUAAUUCAGAUUUUAUUUUCCUGCUCCGUUAGACGUGAUCAUGUCAUUCAUAUAUGAUACUUUUCCUCAGAGUAUCAUAAAAAGUUGAAAUUAUACUUUUUAUGUUUUCAGUUUAUGGUUAAUAUUUUUCAAAUGUUUGUAUUAUGUCAUGUGCACUGAAUGGCUAUUUUGACAAUGAUUGUACAUUUGCACUUGGCCACUCACUGGGUCUCAUCAUUGUUUGUGAGCAACCGGUUAUUUUACAGACAGCACUCGCUAAACUGUUCUUAAUCCUGUUCUAGUGGAGAGAUCACUGGAUGCAAUGUGUGUAUUUUCUGCCAGAGGAAAGGCCUGUGACACAACAUGAAAAGCUUUGCUUAACUGCUCAUCAGGACGACUACUGUGUGUGGUACACCCUAACAAAACCCAGGUAACCCCUUUAAGACUUUGUAAACCCUAAACAUUCACUCCUUAACUAAUAUAAGGCUAGAGGCAAUCAGGCAUGGACAUCUAGCUGCUGUUACCCCACGAAAUUCACCAACAAACUUGUGACAAAGGAUUGUGGGAUAUUUUAUUCUUCAGAAUUGGGUCUUCCAUUUUUUACUUUUCCACCUAAUUCUGUCUGUUUCUGACCGGUAGCAGUGCGGUGGAGCACAGCCAGUUGUCGAUUGAACGUCCUGCAUGUAGCUGCGGAGCACAUAUUACGUGGAACCGGUCCAGAUUUGGGGAGCUGAAUGACAGACAGAGAAUGGGACUGUACAUGCAGGCGCUAAGACAGGUGAUUGCGCUAUUUCAUGAUUUAAUUUUUUUUCUCUGCAUGUAACGAUUUGUAUGCGUGUAGAAAUAUUGUUAUUGUUAUCCAAAUAAACUGUAAUCUGUUUGGACCUGCCUGUGACUAAACAAACAAUUGCAUCAUGCAAACACAAAUAUGGAGUCGGUUUUGCGAGGCAAAUACCCUAUUUGCGCCUAAUUACCUUCCGUAUUGUAAGUCACUUGUGCCAGCAUGAGUAAAACAGUGGAAAAAUACAAAUCAUUUUAUUUAUUUCACACACUUCCCAUCACAGUUGCUUGUCCUUUAUAUGUUUAUUUGGUUGUGUCUCUUUCCCUACAGGUGUUGACCCCGAGCAGCGUGUGUCUGUGCGUGAGCGAUGGAAGUUUGCUCCCGUUUCUAGCGCACUCUGUUGGAGCUGCUCAGGUAAUAAAGAUGCUUCACAAAGGACAUACAGAAUUCAUUUCACUAUUGAUAACAAUUUGCAUCGCCUCGGCUAUCUAGAUCAAACCAACUGCUACUCUUACCCAUUAUUAUACACAUAGUACCACCUCUGCUAACCCCAGUCCUCGAGACAGCCCAACAAGAAUUUGUCACUAAACAUUUUGGGACAGAAUUAGAACACGUCUAAUUCCUGGACUGUCAAUGUGUCUUUAUACCCAUAUACACCUACUCUACUAUCUAUGACAAUCAGAACUCCUCUCCCACCACAUUGACAGCUACUUGUCCCAUCUGCUAUCUAGCUCCCUCUGUCCUUCACUGUGACAUUGUAUAAUCAAUGCAGAUUGGUAGAUAACCCAUAAGUGUUACAACCAAAAAGCCCAGAGUUUCAGGGAACCAAGCAAUGCAAUAAAAAUUCUCAAACCGCACUUUUGAAUAAAGAGACAGAGCCAAAUAAUUCUAAAUAAUCUUUAGUUGUUGCCGAGAUAAAAUACAAAUCAGGUGUUUACACAUCUUCGCCCCUGUAGGGACUUGCUUUGAAUUUUAUCGCAGAGAUGCAUGCAUUUAUUUUAUAUAUUAUUUUUGUGCUUUGGUCUUUUGUAAUUGAAUGCUGUCCGGAGUAAAAAUUACUCUUCUUUCUCCCCCUAUUUGUGCCAGAAUACCAUCCCUCCAACCAUGAAUAUGGUACAUAAACACAUUAAAAUCCCCCCCAUAUAUCCUUUACCUGGUUAGGACCCUGUUUUCUGCUUUAGAUGUUUUGCUGGUGGUAGUUGAGGACAGAUACUUAAAAACACCUUGCCAUGAUUCCACAAAAAUCCCAACUCGCCCUCCCCUCCCAUAGACCGAAUAAUCCUUGGGUAUUGCAGGAUCAAAGUUUGCUGUUGUCAUCCAAUCAUUUUUAUUUUCUCUUUUUCACAGAUUUACACUUUAGAAUCUUCCUCCAUGUCGCAGCAUCUGAUGGAGAAGGUGAGUUAAGAGCAGUAGGCUCUCUGUUUUUAAAAGACGCAAUGGCUGCGUUUUUUCUUGGUUAUGAGCUAACAUGUCUAACUGUCUAUUAUACUGUCAAUCUGUAGGAAACACUGCAUAUUUAAAUCAGAAAUUCUUCAUAAUAUAAAUCUACUUUUGAGUUUUUUUAUAUUUAAUUUUAAUUAUUUCUAUACGUUGAAGUAUAAAAUAAACUACAGAGUACCAUACCCAAACCGUCCUACUUAUAGCUAAUUCUAGAACAAUUAAUAUAGCACAGUGUAACAUGAAACUGUAUAGACAAGUAGCAACUCUUAAGUAAUGUCAAACACAUAUCCCGAGCUACAUCUGUAUAAGUACUGAUCAGUCAAUUUUAUUCAGAAUACUCAUAUUCUAAUUUCAGUGUUGGUACUCUUAUCUUGGGAUAUGUGUUUGACAUUACUUAGGAGAAUAUAAAAUAGCGUAGCUGAUCACAGUCCCUGUAAUGAAAGGUGUAACGUGGCCGAACAUAGGCCAAUUGUAAAGCACAAUGAGUAACGAAAUGUUGCACAUAAAGUGUUUUGGCCUUGAAUUUGCUAUUUCCAUUCUCUAAUCUUCUCAAUUCCUGGUUUAUUGAAUAACUCCCUUAGCAGCCAUCAUGCACUGAAUUUCCCUAUGUACUUCAUAUUAUAGUCUGCUCCGUGUGGGCUGAGGAAACAUUGACAUGUCUGAAGGGAAUGUCCUCCAUCCCAAAUAUUUACAUGCUUUGCAUUGUGGGAAUCUCUGGGCAUCUGCACAUGUAACUGCUUCUAUCAGUCCUUGAGGAUGCAGAACGGAUGUUCAGUUAGGUAAAUCUAUAAAUCAAUAUAUCUGAUAGUGAUUUUUCAUGUGUACUGGAAGCUGAUUUUGUCAUACCUAUAUCUUGUGGGUGUCAAAAUGGCUCAUGCCAUUGUCUCACCGUUCAUAGCACUUUAGAAAAUCUAGAAUUCUGUUUAGAAAUACAUCCUUGUAAUAAAGUUUUAAAUAAACUGCAAUAAUUACCUUUUGGGGUUAACUCCACCUCUAGCAGCUGUCUACUAGACAGCCACUAGGGGACAUCCGGGUGUUAAUGCAACCUUUGGUCGCCUACCUGAUGCUGGAUUGUCCUCACGCUAUGUAUAAGGACAUCCAGUGUCAUGUAAAGCCCCAUAGGAAAACAUUAUUCAUGCUUUCCUGUUGGCGAAAUACUAAUGCGAGCGGAGACAAAGCCCGAACCAAUGCCAAGGCGCAUCGGUGCUGGAAUCAGGUAAACCCCUUAUGCACCAUAGAGGUGGGUCCUAUAGGGAGCUAAAGUGUCAAGGAAAACAACUUUGUUUUCGUGGCACUAUAGUUUCCCUUUUAAUAGUCUUCCAUCCUGUUUUUUUAUUUCUGGUGCACUCAUUCUACACUAGAGGGCAAGGGUGUACACUUUUGAGUUCUUUGAGUAAAAUGCGUCGGCAAAAAGCAAAGCCUAUCUUCAACAAGGUUUUGGUAAGAAUCAUCGUACAUACUGAAUGUAAAUGGGAUUAAGACAUAAUAGAAAGGGACUAAAUAGAAUAGUGCUUGAGAUUAAUAUUAUUAUUGGUAUUUAUAUAGCGCCAAUUUAUUCCGCAGAGCUUUACAAUAUUAUAAAGAGGGAAAUUUAACAAUAAAUGAGAUGACUACAAAAUGUUAUAGGAACAAUAGUUUGAUGAGAACCCUGCUCAAAUGAGCUUACAGUCUAGAGCAGUGGUUCCCAACUCUGUCCUCAAGUACCCCCUUCCAGUCCACGAUUUAGGGAUUACCUAGUUGUGUCUAAGAUGUUUUUAAAAAGAAAAAAAAAACACUUCAGACACAAAAGGGUAAUCCCUAAAUCCUGGACUGGAAGGGGGUAGUUGAGGGCUGGGUUGUGAACCCCUGGUCUAGAGGAUUGUAGAAUUGCAAUCAAUUAUAGAGUAAAAUCAUGUCAAUGUUUAAGGUUUAUGGUUGAUAGUUAGGUAUCUAUUAAAGGGACACUGUAGGCACUGUAUCUGCUUCAUCUCAUUAAACUGGUUAUAGUGUCUGGAGUCCUCUGGUACCAUCAUUUCUUUCAGCAUUAAACAGUUUUUAAACUUUUAAUGUUUUAAUGCGAAACAAGAGUCCCCGGCAAUCCAUCCCCUCUGUGCUGCUUUGGCUAAUAAGGAAGUAAUAGCCUGAGCAGCAAUAGGCAGCUGUGAUUGGCUGAGAGUAUCAGUUGACUGCUUUUAGCCUGUCAGAGUUCCAACUGACGGUAUGAAUGGGUAUGACAACAAGGAAGUGUGUAAUCUCUGCCUUAGCUACACAUACUGAAGGGGCCGGACUGUGGGUGGCCAGGAACUCUUAUUUUGUGGCAUACUGCACGAACAUGGUGCAACACUGAAUGGAGGGAUAGUGCCAGGCACUCCAGGCACUAAAACCAAUCCACAGAGACGAAAUGGUUAUAGUGACUACAGUGUCCCUUUAAGAUCACUUAAUGCACCAUAUGCCAGUGAAUGUUUAAACCUCAGUUACCAACGGUGUAAUCUUUUUAAUGGUGAUAUAAUGAUUACCAAUGAUUUAUUCAAUAAAAAGUCUAUACUCUUGCAUGUACUGUCAUGUCUUAAGUGACCUUUAAAGUAUGAAACUUACUUAACACUUAGACCUCGAUUGAGACUUUUUUAAAGGAGAAAUAGGAGUCAUUCUGUUUUCCAAUAUUAUCCUACUUUAGCAGGAAUAAAAUACAUUACAUAAAAUACGCGUUGUAUAUAAUACAGUCCUAUAUUAAUGUUUUUUCUGUUGCAGCUUUUCCAGGCCAAUCAAAUUGAAAAUAAAAUUGGAGUUCUAAGGAAAUCUGCGGAUAGUCUCACAGCUGCUGACCUCCAAGACAGGAAGGUAUGGCUCUAACUCCAGAUUCAUGUAUAAAACAUCUGGCAGUUUAUUUUCUACAUUGAUUGAAUCAGACAACGACUCUCUCCAGAUGUUUUUGAGCCUCCCACAAUGCUUUGCGUGGGAUUUGCAGAGCAUUAUGGAUGUUGUAGUCCAGAAACGCCUGGAGAGCCGUAGUUUGACAGCCACAUGUCGAAGAUAGCUGAAUACAGUUGAAGCUGCCACGGUUCACUUCACAUUCGCUUAUACUAGUUACAAUUCAACAUGAUUCUGAAAUAAUGUAAAUUUAGUUUUUUUAAGGUUAGUUUGCAUGACUGUAAAUGUGAAAAUGUUUACAAAUUUAUAAUGGACUUGCCAAGACCAUUACACUUUGGGUUGUGGCCAGAUAUGACCAAGCAAAACAGCUGUAUUUUUUAUUUUUUUUAUUUUUUGUACUACUUAAACUUUGCAAACAAGAAAAUAUAGUAAAAACUACAUGGCAAAUAUUUAAAUUAUUUUUUUUUUUUUUUAAAGACCGUUACAAACAUUAGCAGUAAUGUUUUUGGCUAUGUACGCUAUCAGUAGGCCUCAAGACCAGGUUCUAGACUAGUGCAGACUAAUAUUGAGCCUUCAGCUCUUUGUGACAUAUUUCCCAUGAUGCUCAGCCAGACUACAAGCUCUUGAACUAGAAACAUAGUCAGUUCCCCUCUGACAAACUUUGUCUCUCUGUUGACUUUAGAUCUCUGCUUUAAUUGGAGAACCUUUCUUCACCACAAGCCUUCUGCCCUGGCACAACCUGUAUUUUUGGUACUCCCGCACGGCCCUAUCGGACAACCUUACUAAGGACUUCACAGUGUUUCCCCUCCAUGCGUCUCUCUAUGUCUUGGCCGUAGAAUUCAAGGUGAGAAAACCAGUGUGACUGAAAAACACAAUUUUUAUGCAGCAUUUAAACAUUUAGCAGAAGGAAUUUCUUUCCAUUAAGUCGUAAGUGCAACAUUAAACGUACAUUUUCCAUGCAUCCAAGGGGCAGUCAUCAUCGGUGUGUUGAUCAUUCCUCAUAGGAUAGGUAGCCCUGAAAAAGUAAAGUUAAAAAAAUUCAAUUCUCACAUCCAGACUAUUCCCUUCCUAGCCUUAAAGGGUCACUAUAGUCACCAGAAAGCAGAUUUGGUGUGUAGAUCACGCCCCAGCAGUCUUCCUGCUCAAUUCCCUGCCAUUUAGGAAUAAAAUCACUUUGUUUAUGCAGCCUUAGUCACACCUUCCUGCAAGUGACUUGCACAGCCUUGCUAAACACUUCCUGUAAAUCAAGAACUAAUGUUUACACUUCCUUUAUUGCUAAUUCUGUUCAAUUUAGAAUUUCUUUUCUCCUGCUUUAAUAGCUUGCUAGACCCUGCAGGAGCCUUCUGCAUGUAAUUCAUGUUCAAUUUAUGGCAAUAAAAAAACUUUAAAAAAAAAUAAAUAUUUAUUUGUAGUUGACAGUGUUACACGUAUCAGUUACAUAAUUCGAGUAGGUGAACACAUCCAGGAAUUUUGUAACUGCAUAUGUCUUGAUGCUUUAACAUGUGUUAGUGAACCUACAGCGAUAUUGUCGCCAACUGUUUUUUGUGUGUUUUUAAGAACAGUAUAGUUCUAUAGUUUAGGAAGUUAUUUCUCCUCCGUUGUUAGGCUUUUAUACCCUUGAGAUUUGUAAGGAAGCUAGUCUUUUACCCUUUAUACUUAUUGUGAUGUUCCUAUCCUUUGUGAGGAAGAGAAAAUUAGUAGCAAGAAAGAACGUUAAGAAUGAGUUGUCUAUAGUAGACUAUCAUUUAGGAUACGGUGCCCAAGACAGGUGCACACAGGGGUAUAGGUAGGAUCCCCGUGUGCACCUGUCUUGGGUCUGAUUUCUCCUAGUGUGUAUCAUUUUCUGUGUCCUUCGGUCUGGCGGUAGUCUGUCAUGUGUUUUCUGACCUAAUCGGCGAAGUCACUGUUGACCCAUGGCUCCCACACCUUUUCAAAUUUCUUAUGGGUACCUCCGACCUGUGCAGUGAGUUUGUCCAUCAGGUAUGUGUCUUUUUUAUUGUUGUAAGGACCAUGUUUAAUGUGGGGACUUCUGGUUGGAGCCAGACCUGUGCUAUGGCCUUUCUGGCUGCUAGGGUUAGUUUAUGUAGAAGUUGUUGUUCGACUCUCAACCAGUCUUCUACAGGUCUUGACAAGAGGUAUAGCCAUGGAUCUGGUUCCAGUUUCCUCUGGAAUAUUUGGGUGAUUAGAUCCUUCACUGCCUGCCCUAAAUUUUGUAUUUUAGGGCACUCCUACCACAAAUGAAUAUAUGUGCCUUUCAUUCCGCAGCCCUUCCAACAGAGAUAUGUAGGUGAUCUCUUCAUGUGAUAGAGCUUGACCGGUGUGGUGUACCAACGGAACAGAACCUUGUAUGAAUGUUUCUGCAGGGAGACACAUAUGGACGUUGUGGUGUUUGCUUCCCAUAUAUUUUGCCAUUCUAUGCCCUCUAACAACUCCCCCAGGUCCUCCUCCCACCGGUCUAUAUAUGUAUGAGAUUGCCCCACUCCUUGGUUUCUGAACUGAGCUGUGCAUAUAUGGAUGUGAUCAGGCUCUUUUGGGGGGCUUCUUCCAAGCAUAUCUUUUCGAAAAAGGUUAAUGGUUUAUGUGCUGUGUCUUUUACGUGUUUUUGUAGUGCAUAAUCUUUUAGUUGUAAAAAAUCUGAAGAAGUCUGAUGGUCUCAUCGUCGUUCUAUGUUUAAGUUCAUCAAAUGUUAGCAACCACCCGUCUUUAUAUCAGUGACAGAUCUGUUGUGGACCAGCCUUUUCUAUAUUUUUGAAGUCCUGGGCUUUCAUACCCUCAACAAUGACCCUGUUUCUCAAGUAUGGCAUUAAGGGAGAUGGAGAGGACGCCAAGCCAUAUUUAUGUGCUGUCUUGUCUCAGACCCAGAGGGAGUUGAGUAUUGCUGGACACCCUGUGUGCAACAGUGCUCUGCUUUCCUUGGGAACCCACAUGUAGACAAGAUAAACACUUAAAGUAAGUUACAUCUGAUUGAAAAAUGAAACAAUUUUGUUUUCAUGCUAACUGUGUCAGUCACAGCCAGGUCAGGUGUGACUAGAGGUGCAUGGAUAGAAGGAAAACUGAUUUAACUCCUAAAUGGCGUAGAAUUGAGCAGUGAAACUUCAGAGGCAUGAGUUAUGCACCAUAACUUAUUCAUUAAGCUAAAGUUGUUUUGGUGACUGUAGUGUCCCUUUAAAAUGGACAACCCCACCCUAAGCUGCCCAGUGUCUACCUGUCCUCAGGACAGACCGGUCAAGUAGAGAGUUACUUUCCUGUUUUUAAUUUAGCUGUGCCGUCAGAUGGUAGUGAGAGAAAGCCCAGACUGUUUUCGUUUGGACUUAGCGAUGGCAGAUCCCUGUCCAAUAUUCAGGCCACUUGUCCAGUGACGCUAAUCUUCAGUCACAAUUCAGGCUCAGGCAGCCAUCCAUUUUGUGGAACCCAUGCAUUGAUUGCUCUGUGAUUUCAGUUGUUGAAAGGAAACACAAACACUGGUUAUGAUUUUAUUUUCAAUUCAGUGCAAGAUGCGGUGGCCUCUCAUUUAAGCGAUUACCUGGUAAUUUAUUUUGACACAUACCACCUACCUAGAGAUGUUUUCAGACCACAUACACCACUUCAUGCAUGUACCCUGCCACACUACAAAAACUGUUCAGGAAAGAUUUGAGCAACAUAAAAAAGUGUUCAAGAUGUUACCUUGGCCUCCAAAUUCCCCAGAUCUCAAUCCAAUUAAGCAUCAGUGGGAUGUGCUGGAACAACAAAUCCAAUCUAUAGAGGCCUCACCUUGCAACUGGCAGAUACCACAGAACACGUUCAGAGGUCUUCUGGAGCUCAGGCCUCAAUGCAUCAGAUCUGCAUUAAUAUUAGGCAGGUGGUUUUAAUCUUGUGACUGAUCGGUAUAUAUAGCAGCAGUUCCCAAACUGUGCUGCGGCGCCCAAGGGCACACAGGGGAGCUGCGAGUUAUUUUCCUGGUGAGAUGAUGAAAGCACCGGGAACUGUGCCUCCCCCUCCCCAGGACUGGAGGGGAGACCAGAGAUCUCAGUCUCCAGCCCGCUAGCACUUUGCUGACAGCAGGGAGGGAGAGAGGACCUGGGGGAGCUCUAACCCGCAGCUCCGCCGGGUUCUCUUUUUGCAAGAGUGAACUCCUGAGGCUGUUAGAGUUCACUUUCGCCACUGGGACCAUCAGGGAUUAGUACUGACCCCCUCCCAGGCAAAGGUAAGCAGAGGCGGGGGGAGAGGGAAUAUCAUUUUUAAUUUUAACUAAAAAUAAAGUGUAUAUUUAUUAAUUUUCCCUCCUACCCCCACAAACUCCACACCACACAAUAGCCCCCCCAUACACACACUGCCCCACCAUACAUACACAUUACCCCCCAUACGCACACUACAUGCUUCACAAACACAAUGCAAACAGUUUGACUACUUACCCUGGGAGGGCACUACUGGCACCAUAACCACUACAACAUAAUGUAGUGGUUAUUGUGCCUAGAUUGUUUCUUUAAAUAAUCUGCCAGUGCCACUCCCAAGAUUAGGGGUCCAGUAUAUGCUGCUGCCCUGUACAUAUAUCCAACCUAGGAAAUUCUUUUAACUUGGGGCGCCUUGGGAAAAUAUUGAAAUAUUAAGGGCGCCUUAAACCUAAAACGUUUGGGAACCACUGGUGUACAGGAUUGAUGGAAAUCUUUUAUUACAUCCAGUGUUUUUAUUUUCUGUUUCAACAUAUAAUGGCCUGUAUUCAUCACCGUAUAAUGCAAGUGAAUCCAUUUUCUGAAUAUGUAUAUGGCUGUGUGUGUAUAUGUAUGUUAUGUCACAUGUGGGUAUUGUCAUGGAAUCACUCCUACCAAUUUUAUCUUUUUUCACACCACAGAUAAUAAUUAGAUUUUAACUUAAUGGUUUUUAACUUGUGUCAUCCUGGAUUCAGUUAGCUGUGCCAUUAGGGGGCGAUAGUGUACUUUGUGAAAACCCAUGGACUCGCGUAUUGUGGGUUCUCUUCGCUUUCUAUGUUCCAUUUGUGAUGACUGCCGCUUGGACGUAUGAGGAAAACAAGAAUUCAUCUACCAUAAAUUUAAUUUCCCAUCGUAUAAGUGACAGUCUUUAUUUCUUUCACUUUCUACCAUAGAGCAAAAACAGGUUUCCUUCCAAUAGCUUGUUACUUACUGCUGGCUGAGGGUUGAGCUUGCCUUUAUACAAUAUAUAUUUAGUAUAUAAUGCUUGAAUGGGGGGCACUGCGUUUUGUUUAGCCUUUUCAGUGCUAUUUGUCCGGUGAGUGGCUUAAAGGCAACAGACCAUCCACGACUACUGCCGCUUGUGCUAUGGGAAAUGUAAAGUUAUAGUUUGUAAAAUUUAAAGGUUUUUUUUUUUGCUUUGAAAUAUUUAAAAAAAAUCCUGAAAACCUCCAGCUCUGUCCAUUAAUAUCCUGUCUUAAGAUCCCGAGCUCCAUAUCUGUUACCAUGGAGCAAGUGCCUUGAUAUGAAAGCCAGGCCAAUCAUCAGUCCAUCUCUAGUUAUUGUUAAUAUCUUAACAUCUUCACUACCAGACCAGUGUAGAGGAGGGUUAAAUCCUUUUUCUUUUGGUCGGGGUAAAUAUAAUUUACACUAACUCAGUUCUUAUUUGGAAAGAUAGCAAAUAUGAGUUAGUAUAGGACAUUUAACCAUUACAGUAAUUUCACUGGUAACUAAACAGGAUUCUUAUAGAUGGCAUAGUCGUACAAAUCCAUAUUUAAACUCCCCUCUGUCACAACAUAUAGCACUGGUUUGGCCAGGUAGCCUAAUGAAUGUCCCAAUUGUAACGUUAAAUGAACACUCAUUGAAGGGACACUAUAGUCACCAGAACAACUACAGCUUAUUGAAUUUGUUCUGGUGAGUAGAAUCAUUACCGUCAGGCUUUUUGCUGUAAGCACUGUCUUUUCAGAGAAAAUGCAGUGUUUACAUUACAGCCUAGUGAUAUCUUUCCUGGGUCAUGGCUGCCUAAAAUGCAUCCAAACAUUCAGUAUCUCCUCCCUCUGCAUGCAGACACUGACCGUUCCUCGUGGAGAUUCAUUGAUUCAAUUCAUCUCUAUGAGGAGAUGCUGAUUGGCCAGGGCUGUGUUUGAAUUGUGCUGGCUCUGCCCCUGAUCUGCCUCCUUGUCAGUCUCAGCCAAUCCUAUGUGGAAGCAUUGUGCUUGGAUCAGGCUACAACUUCUGCUGAUGUCAGCAGGCAGUGGGCAGGUCUAAAGGAAACAGGGACAGACUUGAAUACAAGUAAGAUGGGGACCAGGGUGGCUAGAUGGUGGUUUUAACCCCAUAGGGUCAGGAAUACAUGUUUGUGUUCCUGACCCUAUAGUGCUACUUUAAAAUAAAGUGUGGGCCAUGGAGAGAGGGUUUACAAAGAUACCAUUAGUUUUGUAACAUUGAUGGGUCUACUUGUUGGGUGUUGGCUGGAUAUGUUAUGUAUAAUGAUUAAAAGAGUGUGGAGUCUCUCAAUUACUGUGGAUAUCCCAUUAUGGAUGUCAAAAUAUUUCUCACGGUUAUCCUAUUGAACUCUAUGUUCACAUAAAGUGCACCAGGUUCCAUUGUCCGUUCUAUAGCAAGAAUCCUCAAAGGAUCUAAACACCAACACAACGUUGGCUUAAUAAAGUGAUUUUGUUGUAUAAAUUAUGUCCAUGCAGUGUCACUGCUCAGUUCUCAGUUGCCCUACCCACACCUCCCAUGGUUCUGACUUACACAGCCUCCAUGGGAAAAAAAAGGUUUAAUUUUCAAUUAGAUCUUACAGCACAGUGUGUUUUCUUUUGUAAGUUUUGACCUCCUCUGUUAAUUGAACUGUAAUCACACACUGGGGACUGCUGCUUUUAUUAUUUAUUUAUUUAUUGUGUGACGUUUCCUGUGGCCUAAAUAAUAUGAUAUGCCUUUUCCAGACUUUUGAAAACCGGUAAAGAUAUCCGCUCUACUCGAUUACUAGAAAAAUGUAUUAUUGUUGUGAGAGAGCUCGGUACUCAGCCUGAGUAUCUCCGUUAAUAUCCCUUCUUUUUAAGUAGGACACCUUCAGUGAUUAUAGCAGCUCACCCAAACAUCAGCCAAAACUUGAUGAAGGGUGAACACAGAGUGUACUUUAUACUUUAUUCAACCAACUCACACAUAUUUAUACAAGGUACAUCUACAUGGGUUGAUUACCAGAACAAGAGCAGUUCCUUCCCCAGGGCCACCAGGUCUGAGUAUUAACUUUAUGAACUGUUAACUCAAUUAUCUCAGGUUCAUUCACUUCUGUCCUUUUUGUUUCCUUCUCAGAGAGGCAAUAAAAGUUUUAUUGCCAUUUUUGAAUAUUUUGCAACACGUGGUUCAUACUCUGUGGAAUGGAGGCUGACUUCUAAGGCCCUUCAUGAGUCCCAGGAACUGUAUUUAACAAAAGCCAUGCUGGCUUAUUUUUAUUUUUUUGAUACAUUGUAAAGAACCUGGCCACACAACAGGAGCUGAACAUUUAAUCUGGAGUUUUACCUAUACAUUGGCUGUUCAGAAUGUCCGUGAAUCAUGCUAGAAUCUUGCCACUAGCUAGAUUAAUGCUUGCCAGCUGCAUGAGUGAACUCACUUUAAAUUUGAGUUAUCUAUUUGUAUAUCCUACUAAAAAAAAAAGGGUUCCUGGUCAUAGCGAAUAUCUGUCAGGCUAUCGCCAGUUCAAAAAUAAAGAGAAUGCAGGUACAUAUAUCCUUAAAUAGGAGUGAUAUGCAGACAGAAAAGGCACAUAGUUGCCAUGGAAUUCUAUGUCUGCAUCUUCAUCCCACUUCAUCCUAAAAUAGAAGGCAUACAAAACAGCCAGAUAUGUUUAUUUUGUUAAAGGUUUUGAAAAUUGUCUGUGUUGGAUGAGAAUCUAAUUGCUAAGCCUUCUGGCUAGGUAUGGAAGACUUUUGCAAAAAAAAAAAAAAUUGUUGAUGAAUAUUACCUUUUAGAAUGUUAAGAUUUAUAUAUGUAAUGUGGAGCUCCGCUUGAAGACCUUGAGAGGAGGCUAGCAGACUUAUUGAGUCAAUACCUCAACUAUUUCCACCUGCUCAGGAGCUUUGUGUACGGAAUACAUCUGGAUGCUAUCCCUGAACACGCCAACUGAUGGCAUUACAUCAUUGCAUUUUCUUGUGGGAUCCUGUUUUAAACAAGAAUAAAGAAUUUAAAAAAAAGAAACUCCCUGGAAGUUAGUUGGCCAGAGGAUUAGGACUACUGCCUGGCAAGUGACAUCUUAUUAUGAAACAAGAAAAAAAAUCCUCAAUUAGAAUGGUGUAUACGUAGUAAAAAUCAUAGAUAGUUAAAUAACUGAAAAGAGACCUGUCCAUCAAAUUUCCUUUGCCUUAGACUAAAUCUCCUUUCUUCCAGUCUAAACACAUGAAAUAGAUUUCAAGGCAAUGGUUGUACCGAAGGGCAUGCUAUCGAGUCUCUCUAAGCUUUUGUCCGUUCUAAGAGUUUUCAUGCUUUCUUUUUUGCUUCAAUCCAUUAACUUGGCUCACCCAAAGUUAAAAGGGUAAUCCAGACGUGGACCCCGCGCUCUCUGUGCCUAGAGGGAUAUCAGCUACACCUCACUGAUGAGGCCCAAAAGAAGGCCGAAACGAUAAUCUAGGGUUGCUGUAUCUAGGGAACUUGCUGGCAUUUCGGAUCUGGACUGCCCGUACCGGUGGGACCAGUCUGAUAUGCUUCAGAUAUGUUCUCUCUGCAAUGGCAAAAGUGAGCAAAAACUAUUUUGAGACCCGAGCGGGCACCCACCGUAGGGAAAACUAAUGAGUCUCUGUAAGCUUUUGUCAGUUUUCAUCCUUUCUUUAACCCCUUAAGAACCAAACUGGAAUAAAAGGGAAUCUUGACAUGUCACACAUGUCAUGUGUCCUUAAGGGGUUAGUGGUUUGUAUUGACCCUGAAUAUAUGUGUUUAAAACUAUCAUAUGCCCUGUGAGACACCGCUUUUCCAUACUAAAAGGAUUUACAUUUUUUAACCUUUUGUUUAGAACUAAAAUAGUCCAAUCCUUUUUUUAUCAAUUUUGUAGCUCGCCUCUGCACUUUUUCCAGUGCCAUAAUAUCCUUCUUUAGUAUAUACUGAACACCUAUACAAACUGCAAGAAUCAUAAAGAACUUCGUGAGCAUGUGGAAGUACCUAUCACCUUUCACAUUAGUAGAACUGUUUAGGAUAAACUGAAAUAGCUUAGUUGGAGACCUGACGUGUUGCAGCAUUUUCUGAACAGUUAAUCUAAAGAAAAGGUGACUGCUUUGGGGAAGAAUGAGAACACCAAAUUAAAACCUAUCCAGAGUUCAGGAUAUAAGUCAGACCGGGUGGCCACCCAAGCCAGAGUUUAGGAUAUAGGUUUUACACCUGGUGGCCACCCAAGCCAGGGUUCAGGAUAUAGGUCACACCGGGUGGCCACCCAAGCCAGAGUUUAGGACAUAGGUCACACCGGGUGGCCACUGUGAUCAUUUAAACAGUUCUCAUUUGGGUACUCAUGCUACCAACAUAUCCCCAGGUGUCCAUAGUAUCUUAAAGUUUAAAGAAUGAGGGUGCCAACUAAAGGCGUAAACAGGGUCUUCACUUUCUAUAUCCUUUCUAGCUUCUCUUUUAGCCCUUGGUAUUUGUCCACUUUCUCAUGUUCUCAUAUAUUACACUUUAUAAAUGGAUUUCUUGGAGUAUAUGUCUGCUGUAUACAACCGCUUUUAAACACAACCAUUCAUGGAUGGCCUUUUCAUUGUUAAUGGAACUCAUCAGCAUGAGGUUGGUUAGAGGCUUGCUAUUGAGGCUUGGCGUUACUUGUUGAGCACAAACCAACAGCUGUCCAUGAGUGGUUAUCUGGCUUUGAACCUCUUUCUGAGUUGUGUUGUAUACAGCAGGGCUAUACUCUAAGGAAUCCAUGUAUAAAGUGGAAUAAAUAAAGCUAAAUGGUGGUUCAGUGUUGAACUUAUUUGCAUAUGCCAACCCAGAAUCCCUUGCAGUUUUCGCAACACUGGAAAUGUGAGAUUUCUGUAGGAAAAUCAAGUCUUAUGGCUUCAUUGAUGUGUACAGAUCUGUGCUUAACAAUGCAUUUACUAUCCACAGACUUCAGGUGGAAGGGGUUUUUAAUUACUUUUCCCCCCACCAUACGUCCAUUGGGGUGUGUGUGUACAUAUAUAUACUAUGUGCUAUGAGAAAAGUAAACAAAACAAAACCAUAAAUAAUUAUCCAUCCUGCAGUGGUGCUGUCUCCCACUGUGUAGCUUCUGUUAUUAUCUCUGUUCAUUUUAAAUAUGUGGUUUAUCUGCUCCCUGUUGAAGUCCUGUCCCUCUAUGUAGCAGUCACGCUCCGUACACCUUCAAUAGAAUCGUCUGCAACCCAUUACUUGAUCAGCCUGCAGCAAGAGCUGGCCCUCCUGAUUACAUUUGGCGUCUUGCAAUUUCCCUGCUCUCUGAUAAAUAUGUUAUUUUAUUUCAUUGUAUGAGAGAGGAGAAAAAAAAAACCUCAUCUAAUCUCCAAACUGGUUUUCUAAAUGACUUUUUUUUUUUUUAAAUCUAUACUUUAAAAAUGUCUCUCAGGCUUCAGCUCUUUAAUUAUCAUUUCGUUCUUUUUGUGACGACAUUCGCUGUUUCGGAUGGUUAUUGAAUGGACAAUUACAUUUUCAGUAACUUGAGUAAAAGAAAUCCGCUUUUGCUGAAGGAAAGAACAUAUUUUAAUUGGUCUUCAAUUAUACCCAGUAAGUGGGUUGUUUUUGUUUUAGUUUGUCAUUGUAUUUAAUUGAUCUUGAACGCUAUUAAUUUUCCAUUUAUUGUUUUAAGGAUCUCUGGAGGAUCAGAAGUCCUUGUGGGAUCUGUGAGGGAUUUGAUGUCAGCAUUAUGGACGAUAUGAUCAAGGUGUGGAAUUUUUGGUCUCUCAAUGUCGCAGAUGGCUGCCUUAUUGGGAGGGUAUACUCUUAACUGAUUGUAAUUAACUUUUAUAAAAUUCAAUAUAUCCAAAGUACACAUGCUUACAUAUCUUUAUUUCCUGGUCCUCGUUUCACAAAGGAAAUUCAUAUUAGGCAGAACUUUGCAGUGGUUGAUUGUGCAUGAGAUGACACGGACACACAUUUUGUAAUAGUUAAAAUAUGAAUUGCUACUUAUUAAGAGAUGGCACUGGCUAAAAUCUCUCUGCCAUCUGGUCCCCAGGUGGCAGGCUUGUAGUCAGAGAUCUGACAAUACAGCAGGGAGCAUUUGAAUUGGAUUUUUCUGCAUGAUAGUGACGCAUGUUUAAGGGGAUCUUGCCUUAGAGAAAUAGGCUUAUACGUUAUAAAUAAGAUGGAAAACAAAAAGUACAUAACACCAUAAUGAUACAUUGUGCCACAUAAUUUGCGAUCACGCUAGGUUACAUUGUACACCAUAAAGCAGAAAGUUGGUUAGCAUAAAAUUGAAUCUAUGUGUAUAAAAUAGUUUAUUUUUAAAUCUAGCACAAGCUUAAAAAAUUCUUCUAUUUUACUUUUUAAAAAAUAUAUUUAAUUACCAACUUUGUGGCAGAAUUCUCUGAACUUUCGUGAAUCACAGGAGGCCGAGCCCCAUCCACUUUGGGAGUAUCCUUGCAGAGCCCUCUCCGAACCAACAAAACUUAUGACCUUUGACUUCCGAGAACCUGUCCCUGCUGAUGAGAUGAGGUCUGAGGGUUCACUGAACCUGGUGAGGUAAGUGACAUAUGAAAAUAAUUUUGUAAUGAGCGCACAUACUCGCCUUUUUGUGAUUGAAUUGUGUCUUCUAUUUAGAGGGACGCUAUAGUCACCAGAACAACUACAGCUUUGUUGUAUUAGUUGUUCUGGUGACAACUGCCUUUCCCUGCAGGCUUUUUGCUGUAAACACUGAUUUUUCAGUUACCUUCCUGCCUAGGGACACCUCUCCUGGCAGUCAAUCAGACAGGCAUUAAAGGUGCUUCCUGGAUCACUGCUGCACAACGUGCUUUACCUCCCUUAACCUUCUAAUUCUCCAGCAGUUGGGAGCUGUGAUGUUAUUGUCUGGUUCAUAAAAGCUUUAACAAACAAGUAUUCAUAGCAGCCAAUAAAGAUAUGCCACCUACCACUUUGAAUACCGAAUCCUGACCUUUUAUCCUGACCUCUCCUGUACUACGUUGGAAAAGCGCAGGUCCAGUACUUCUUCUUUAGGUAUUUUAACUUGCUGGACAUAAGGCCAAUGUCUUUGAUAUAUUGUUCUCUCGCUCUCAUGCUGGAUAGUAUUAUCCUUAAGUAACAUUCUCCUUCCAUAGAUGACGCUUUACUGAAAUUUAGUAUCUUUGCUGUAUUUUUACAUUUCUUUAUUUUUGCUUAUUCCCUACAAAAUAAAUAAAGACUGACGGGGGAAAAAAAUCUGAUGAUCUUUGCUCUUCGUAUAAUGUGAGCCCUAGAUGAUAAGCUGUUACUAUGUAUCAUCUUAAAAGAAAUUAUUAUCCCUAUCCAUUAUCAUAUCAUUGCUUCCUGUAGCAAUGCAUGUGAAGGGUGAUGCUUAUAAUUCCCAUUCUAUCCUCGGCGAUCUACCUGGAGGCAUAUCUGUUAGUAUCCCUCUCUUUGGAGGCUCUGUGACUUGCAGGCUGAGAUCUCCAGACAGGAGUAGGGCACAGCGUGCUGCGAUGACGAUGCUCUGCACAUGCCUGGCAUAGGGAGGAUCUCUCAGCAGAGUCUCCUGGGCUUUUGGGUUAUUAUAGAGAUGACCUGGGUGUCCCAAUACCUGCAUUGACGGCACGGUUUUCUUACUAAUCCAAAUGUGACAGCAAAGGGAGCCUGGGGUAUAGAGAUUACACGUCUUCAUAACAUAAUGUUGUUCCCUGAAAGAUUUUCUUGCUUGGCAGCGGGGGGGGGGGGUGUGUGUGUGUGUGUGUUUUAACCUGGAACUCACCAGGUCUCCUUUAAGUAUGGUCGUGGGAAGGGGUGCGUGUGAAUACAUUUGCAGUUGCAUCCCAGGUGUUAUUUAUAGCAACAUACAAAGCAUCAUGGGAGUUGUAGUUUUACAACAUCUAGGGAUCUACGUGUCCUGCUCUAAACCUUCAGAUAGAGAGCUGCAACCUUUAUAAAAAGAUGGGAUCCAUUUGUAGUGAAUAAAAUGUGUAUGUUGUAUAUUUUAUUAUGGUAUAAACCGAAGUAACACCUUUUCAGAACUCAAUGAUAAAGAACCUUUUUUUCCCAUCAUGCAAACUGUGAAAUUGUUACUUCACUUUUAAAGAACAUUUACAUUUUACGUGGCACCACAAAGUAAAAGAAAGGCAUGUGAACAGGGGCAGAGAGCGCAAAGCCGGUCAGUGUUAGGGCAUACUCAGUCUUAGGCUAAAUUAGCGGUUUGGAAAAAAGUCCCCAACUCCGUUAUAGCUAUGGAUUGCUAUUUUGCCAGGAUUUUGCAGCAAUUCAGUUUCAGUUAAUUUUGAUGUUUAGUAAAUCUGCCUAAUUUAUCCAGCCAUGUUUUUGGGCAUUGGUGCUGUAAUCAUAUCUUAUUGCUUGUUGUAUUUCUCGAGAAUGGAUGGCAAAUGAAAGUUCUCUGUACCGAACUGUGGUCUCUGCGCUGUCCAUCUGUCCAACCCAGUCCUGAAGUACACCCUACCAGUCCAGGAUUUAGGGAUUACCCUGUUGUGUCGAAAGUCCUGUUUUUGUUUUUUUAAUUUCUAAAAACAUCUUAGACACAACAGGGUAAUCUCUAAAUCCUGGACUGUUAGGGGGUACUUGAGGACUGGGUUGGGAACCACUGAUCUUUAGCAUAAGCGGAAUAUUGUUAGUUUCAAACAGGAUCGAAUAAUAUCCAGUUUAUAUGAAAUCCGCGAAUGUGUCUUAUUAGUACUAUAAUAUUCUCAAUUUUUCUUGUUUCCUCUGUGCUUUUUGCAUGGAGUUAAAUAAACUUUAAAUGUGGUCACUAAUAUGUUGUGUAUGGCAGUGCGGAAUCUUGCAGUGUCUUCGAGUUCUCGAGCGGAUUUAAAGCGGCCUUUGUGAUAUUCAAAAUAGAACCUUUGUGAAAUACCUGUGUUAACCGUAUCGGAAUUUCACUGACAUUUCAAUGUAAUCAGAAGAUAGACAUAGUAGGGACUAGAUUGAACAAAUACAGGUUUGGGAAAAUGGCAACGAGAGGGUUUAAUCCAGUUUCUGCUGCCACAUCUUGAUAGUCAUGCCCAUCAGCCCAGGGUAUCUUAUGAUUAGAGAUGUCGCGAACCGUUCGCGAGAAGUUCGCGGACGGUUCGCGACAUCUCUACUUAUGAUGUAUGUUUGAGUAGAACUAAUGAAGGAUUUUGUUGGUCUAGUUUAACAGCUAAAACAAUGUGUGCACAUUUGAUUACUCCAUAAUGGAGAGCUGGAGGUUUGACUGUCAUAAAGAUGGGUGAGGCAAAAUGAAGCUAUUUGGUGUAGUGCCAUCAUUAGAUGUUUAGUGCCAGGGAAGUAGAUAAAUGGCUGCAUGUCCUGAUAUGUAACUGCAAGGAGCAACUGAAAAGGUUAGUGCACAUAAAAUAACUUAAAGGGACACUAUAGUCACCAGACCAAAUACAGCUUAAUGUAGUUGUUCUGUUGUGUGUAGCCUGUCCCUGCAGGCUCUUCAUUGUAAACACUGCCUUUUCAAAGAAAAGCCAGAAUGUUCAUUGGUGCUGAGUAACACUAGUGGCAGUCACUCAGACGGCGCCUAGGGUCGCUUCCUAGUUCAGUGCUGCUCCGUGUUCUUCACCUAUGUUCAGCGUCUCCGCCCUCCCAAUGAUUUCUUAUGGGAAGUUUGCUGAUCUCCGCCACAGAGAUUGGACCAGCCGCAGCGAGACCGGCGAGGCGAGUGGGAAAAAAGGUGAGUUUAAAAACCUUUUCACUGCUCUGACAGGGGGGCGAAGGACCUAAAUACAGGUUUGUGUUCCUGACACUUGAGGGUUCCUUUAACCAUUUUUUAUAAGAAGAAGAAUAUCCUUUAUGCUUCCAUUAGGGGAUUCCAAAUAUUUUUAUUAUUAUUAUUCAGUUGUUAUUAUUAUUAUUUAUAUAGCACCAACAUAUUUCGCAGCUCUUUAUAGUUAUAGAAAGGGGAUAUUUGAACUCCCUGGUUAAACAAGCUUACAAUCUAAUGAGGAUUUGAGGUAGGAAGACAUUCGCACUCUAACCAGCCAAUAUCUAAUUUUAUUACAUCAUUUUCAAUUUUUAUGAUUAUUUUAACUAAUAUUUAAAUUGAGGGUUACAGUUCAGAGGACGCCAUUAUAAAGGUUUAAUUAAAAAAAAUGUUCCCCCUCAGACCUGGUGAGUCUCAUGGAAUGGUUCUUUGGAUGGAAUAUCAGCUUACAGAAGAUAUCUCGGUCAGUACUGGACUGCUACAGGUUUCGGAGGAGAGGGUAAGUGAUACUUUGACCUGUUGCACAACCUGGGUCACGUAAUCUCCAUACCCGUUAAAGUAAACCACAAUGCUAUCAGAAUUCACAUUGUAAUCACUUUAAGUAACACACCACCAGUAUUAAUGCCAUAGUUAAACAAUUAAACCAGCAGAGUGGAACCCAAAUAGGAUAGUUUGUCCCUCCUCAAGGAUAAUGAUCCACAACAAAUAGAAAAGGUUAGCUUCCGUUCAUAAAGAUCAAUGUGCGUGGAGUAAUUACAUGAAAUCCAUCAUUUAUUUACCCACGUAUGGACCUUUUAAAAGUAUGGUAAUACAAAUACAAGGGGCAGUGGCAAAAUUCCAGUCAUCGCUGUAUGGGUUAAAACACUUCAAAAUACCACGGGAAAUGGGCAGAUCGUACCUACAAUGUUAUACUUUGUGAAGAUAGACCUACUUCCUUUACCCAUCUCCAAACCAGUCCUCCUCUCUCUCUCUUUCUGCAAUCCAGUCCCUACACCCUAUGUCUGCACCCAUAUGUCCACUCUCCUUAAUGUUCUCUACAUAUACAUUAUUAACUUAACUGCUCCCCUGUACCCCAACACGUGUCCCUUGCUCUUUCUAUGUCUCAUCCCCAGCCCCCCCUUUUUCCAUCAUUACAUCAAAUCCGAUAUUUCUUCCUGUGCCCCAACCCCCACCCCCUUUUUUUUUUUUUUUUUUUACUCCAACCUUUGCCCUUCCCUUACUUGCCUGUGUUAUUUAAUGAUUUUCUCUGUUGUAUCAGUCAUUUUCUCAUUGUUCCUCCUUUUCUAGGGUAAUUGCCUCUGGUACCCGCACAGCAAACAAGGCGUUUAUUUCUUCAGUUCCGUUCUGGACCCCACGUUGGCUUCUACGCAAUCCUUCGCCUCCGUCACUUACUUACUGACUUUUAAUCCCAAACUGGGGGAGAUCCGCAUGAACUUCACACCCAUCUCUUAACAGUACAAUACAUAGGUUCAGAUGCAUUAUAUUGUACAUUUAUUUUGGUGUCGGCCUACAGCCAACCCUUCCUAAAGGCAUCUGUCAAGUCUGAUCAAAAAGUUGCAUACACAGCACUGCAUCAUAUGAAAUGUGGAUAAUAUUUCUUUAAAACCCUGCUUUUAUUCUUAAGACUUUUAUCCUAUUUUUUUCUUUGACUUUAUUUUGUAUUACUUGUCCAUGUGCUUAGAACACAGCAUGCAUUUCACUUUCUUUUUCUGAUUGGAUACUUUUUUGUAUCCCUUUAAAAAUCAUAGUUUUAUUGUUUUUAAUUGCAAAAAAUGUUCUUGAGUCUUGAAGGGUUGGUAUAGAAGCAUUAUACAUUGUAUGGAUCAUUCAGCAGUGUAAAGCAACAGUUCUUCAUUUUAACAGCCAUCAAUAAAAACCCACACAUUUUCCAAACCUUUCCCCUUCUCCAAAUUUGCUUUUGUGUGCUAAAGAAAAGUCGUUUUCACUUAACGGGUGGUCUGCCGUCUUGUACUUUGUGUAGAUAACAAGUGAUGUUUUUAAAUAGUCUUUUCAGUGUUUAAUUGCUCAGAGUUGGACUAGUUAUGCCAGGUCUGGACUUGGACCUUUGACUUCUCAUCUUAUGUGACAUGGGCUUAAGCCAGUACUUUGUGAAAUUCAAUGUUUCCGAAUUGGACCAGGGUCCCCAAGUGAUGCUAGACGACCGUUAUUGCCCCAGAACUUCUACAGGCACCUUGAGCUAUGUUAUUAAAAUGGCUGGACUGUUUUGUAAAAUAUUAAUUCGUAGACUUUCAUACUCUUUGCUGUUUUUUUGUUUUUUCUUGUCUUUGUCACCAUGCCCUCCUAGGACGUUCUCUGUGUCUGCUUUCCAUCAGAAUCACUCUCUUAAGUUUCCUCAGGGCAAUCUCCAAUUUGCUUUCACAAUCUGAUUUAAAGGAGAACUCACCUUGUUACUAAACAGCUCUUGCCCUGUUCACUAUCGCUUUAUCUUGG